UGUAAUAGAAGUACAGUUUUAUACAUGAAAGUGUAUUGAACAAAUAUUGCAAAAAUGUCAUUCUUGUCGAAUUUGAAGAAAGCAUUCCACUUUGGUGGUAAUGAUGCAAAGAAAAAGAAGUUAUAUAAUAAUAUUAAAAUGGAUUGCAACCCAGAAGAAUUCUGGGAAAUGGUGGGUGAACUUGGAGACGGAGCAUUUGGCAAAGUUUAUAAGGCACAACAUAAACAAACACAUCAGCUUGCUGCUGCAAAAAUGUGUGCACUCGAAGGAGAAGAUGAUCUUAGCGAUUUCAUGAUUGAAAUAGAUAUUUUAUCAGAGUGUAAACAUCCAAAUGUUGUUGAAUUACACGAAGCUUAUUUUAUUGAGGGCAAAUUAUGGAUGUUAAUAGAAUACUGUGACGGCGGUGCUGUUGAUUCCAUAAUGGUCGAAUUACAGAAAGCUUUAACAGAACCACAAAUAGCCUACAUAUGUCAGCAUAUGACUAAGGGUCUUGCAUUUUUGCACAAAUCUAAAGUAAUUCACAGGGAUUUAAAGGCGGGAAAUGUAUUGUUAACAAUGGCUGGUGGUGUGAAAAUUGCUGAUUUCGGAGUGUCCGCGAAAAAUAAACAUACGUUACAGAAACACGAUACGUUUAUUGGUACACCAUAUUGGAUGGCACCAGAAGUAGUAUUAUGCGAAACAUUUAGAGAUAAUCCUUAUGAUUUCAAAGUAGAUAUCUGGUCUCUUGGAAUAACUCUAAUUGAAUUCGCGCAAAUGGAACCACCGAAUCAUGAAAUGUCACCAAUGCGGGUACUUCUUAAAAUACAAAAGAGCGAUCCACCGAAACUCGAUCAACCUGGGAAAUGGAGUAAAGACUUCAACGAAUUUAUUGCAAAAGCUCUUAUAAAGGAUCCAACAUCAAGACCUACAGCUGAGGAAUUAUUAAAGUAUUCAUUCAUAAAUCGUAAUUUGGAUUCGAAACCGAUUCGGGAUUUGUUAUUGGAGUACAAAGCGGACGUCGUCGAAGAGGAAUUGGUCGAUGAGGAAGCAGAGGAGCAGCGCACAUCACAGCUUCCUCUGGAGGUGGAUCAACUCGGAGAUGACUCUGCAUCUAUGCGCAGUGACGCUGAUGUUAAGAUCUCUGAGAAAGAAAAUCUUGCCGCAUCACCCGUAUCCGCGAAAAAAGAAGAGAGCAACAAAAGAGAGAUCAAUAGAGAUGGUGAAAAGGAGGACAGGAAUAAGAAAUUACGGAAAGCGGAAUCGAAAGAGAACAUACCUGUGUCUCUUGAGAAGAAACAAGCACCUAAACCCCCUAGUACAAGUGAAAUCAAUGAACGUAGAGUAUCACGGGAAAAAGGUCCUGCACCUCCUCCACCCCUAAUGCGUCAGGAUAGCAAAAACGAUGACAAGGAAAAUAGUUCGAAGAUCUUCGAUAAACAAAGUGCUGUCGAGAUAUCAGAUCAAUGUAAGAUUGCCGAUGAAAAUAAGCGAGAGAAAACUGCAUUAUCAGAGAGUACAGAUAUAGAAAGGGAACAAACAAAUACAGACACACUCAAUGAGAAGCAAAACGUUAAAGGUAGUUUAGAGAAAAUAACAGCUGGUAACGAAAAAGGGAAGGAUAAUUUGGAUAAUGAGAAGAAAGUCGACGUUAGAAAAAAAUCGAUAGAUAGUAAAGCAAAUCCAUCGUUGAGGACUCAGUUAACUUCGGAAGAAAAGAGAAAAUCUGCACCUGUUCGACCAGAAUUGACAGAAGAUUGGACGAAGCCGGUGUUUAAUAAACAGUCCUCUUUGGAAGAAAAAAACAGAAUCUACAAAAAAGCCGCUGUCGACGUGCAAGUGACACGACAGUCUUCCACGGAAGAGAAUCGCAAGAGCCUGCAAGAGAAACGAAAAUCAGUCGAGGACAAGUUGAAUGCAGUUUUAGAAAAACGUUUCUCAAUGGACUCGGAAAUGCGGAGGAAUGUUCCGUCUUUAGAGACAUUGACGCGCCAAGAAACUCCAAAUGCGAUCGCGUCCGAGAAGAAUAUCAUCAAGGCUUGUUCCACCGAAAACAUCAAAACAGAUUAUGGAAUGUGUAAAGGGGAAACGGUUAUUAAAAGUCACAGCGAAGGAUCAUCCAGGUACGAUUCGUUGGAAAACUUCCCGGAGGAAUUCGAUGGCCGGCGAGAAAAGAAGAAGUGGUUGAACAAGGAACAGAGUCACGAGAAUGCCGCGAACGAUGCAUUAAACAGCGAAAAGAGAGGCUCUUCGGUAAACGUGUCAGUGAUCACGUCGACACCUAUUAGAAGUAGAAGUACUUCUAGAAGAGGCAGCGGGGACAACGUAGUUGUCAUUACUGGUAAAACUGACCAAGAUAUACGUCCAAAUACAUCAACCGUCCGGAUUACGGCCGACAGUCCAGAUUUAUCGAACAGUCUGGCAAGUAACAUAAGCCAAGUAACAGUCGUGACGACGCAUCCGCCGGUGUUGGUCGACGCGGUGUCGCCCGCAGCGACUCUUUCUUCACGUCCAUCUCCAACGUCCGAAGUCGUGAUCGUCGCGAAUGAAUUGAACAAGACGCAAGUCAACGAAAGUUCCACCGACGACGACGGAUUUCCUAGUCUCGACAGUUUAGAAUACACGCCGCAGGAGCAACCGAUCGUUCUCACCGACACGUCCAAGAGAGUCGGCAAGAAGUUGGACGAAUCCGAGGUGCUGAUCGUGAGCCCAAUUGUAGACGAAUUGCAGGACACUAGUCACGUUUCCGUGGUCACCGUCGGCGAGGACAAGGAACAAGUGAAAGACUCCUCCGUACUUAACAAACACGACGCCGUUCGGACAGCCUCGUUGCAGAGCGACAGCGGGGACGAAAUAACGAAAAUGAUAGUCGCUGGAACGACUGUCGAAGCCGUGGAUGUCGACGACGUGGACAGAAACACGAAGAAGAUAAACGGUCUGAUAAAGAACGACAACAAGCCUUCGGUGAAUCGCGUCGACGAAAAGGUUAUGAAGACGAUCAAACAGAAGGACGCGGGCAAGGUUUACAAGGAGAAACGUAUAUCACCGGACAGCUUCGAGGGAUCCAGAUCACAGAGCGAGUCCGGAUCGACGAGAUCUCACACGCCGAGCAAGAGUAUAGAUCGGUCCGACGCGGAGUCGAUCUCCACCACGAUCAGUCAGGACAGCAGAGAAUCGAACAAGGAGAAUCAUAUCGGUCAGGGACAAACGCCGGAAACGGAGGAGGAAGUGGUGUUGCGGCGGAAGCCCGAUUACGCUCGCGACAUACAACGACCGACGAAAACGAAAGAGGACAUACAGAUGAUGAAUCUGAAGAAAAAGACGCGGAAACGGACGAGAAAGUUCGAGAUAGACGGCGUCGUGGUCACGACGACCACGUCGAAAGUGAUAUACGGCGACGACGAGAACGGGAAAGUAUACGACGAUCAGAUCUUCAGGAAGCAGGAACUGAGGGAGUUGAAGAUGCUGCAGAAGAUGGAGCAGAAGCAGUUCCAGGAUCUGUCGCAGAAAGCGCAGUUCAACAAGGAUCAACAAGAGAAACGUUUCGAGCAGGAACGCCAGCUCCUGGAGCGAAACGCCGAGACCGAUUUGGAGACGCUUGCACGACAACAGAGGCAACAGAUCGAGCGGGCGGAGGCGCAGCAGGAGGCGGACCUGAGGCUCGCGUCGAAGAAGAUUCGCGGCGAGCAGGAAAGGGAACUGAAGCAGUUGAGCGCGUUCAAAAUACGAAAGGAGAAGCUCGAGAUGGAACACGAGGAGAGGGAGAAGCAUUUCUUGGACAAGCUGAACGAGAGUCACGAGGUGUCGUUGCGUAGGCUGUCGGACAGUCAUCGCGAGAAGAUCGCCUUGAUGGAGAGGCAAUUCCUGCAGCAGAAGCAACAGCUGAUGAGAGCCCGCGAGGCGGCCAUUUGGGAGCAAGAGGAACGGCACAUACACGAGAAACAGCAGCUGCUGAAGAAACAGCUAAAGGACAUUUUCUUCCUGCAGAGGCAUCAGAUGCUUAUACGGCACGAGAAAGAACUGGAACAAAUGAAACGUAUGAAUCAGAGGAAGGAGGAGGAGCUCGUCAAGCGACAGACGGUCGAACGCAGAAAUCUACCGAAACGAAUCCGUAACGAGAUGAAGGCACGGGAGAUGAUGUUCCGGGAGUCGAUGAGGAUCUCGAUAUCGUCCGUGAUCGCGCCGGAUCCCGACGCCGAGAGGGAGAAAUUGAAGAAGUUCCAGGAGAACGAGAAGAAGAGGUACAGAGCGGAACAGCAACGAUUCGAGCUGAAGCACUCCAGGCAACUGGAGGAGGUAAGAGCGCAAAGCGACGCGACCAUCAAAGAGUUGGAACAGCUGCAGAAUGAGAAGAGAAAAAUGCUGAUGGAGCACGAAACGAUGAAGCUGAAGGAGCUGGAGGAAACUUACAGCCGGGAGCUGCGCGAAUGGAAAGCGCAAUUGAAGCCUCGGAAACAGAGGUUAGAGGCUGAGCUGACGGCUGAAAUGGAAGCGUUGGAAGCUCGCUACCGAGACUAUUUGCCCUCGGGUCUUAGUGGUCUCUCUUUUCCCCCUCUAGACUAUUCUAACAUCCUUCAUUUCGAAAGCUGGAAGAAAUCGCCGCCCCGUAUGCCCCGCUCCACCCCCGCAUCACCGUCCCCGUUCACUAUUCCGAGGGUGUCGCUGAGAGUCGGCGGCUCUGACACCAAUUCCGUAAACGGCAUGCUUUCGCGAAGCCACUCCAAACCGGACUUGGUGCCAUCAUCCUCCUCCUCGCCUCAUACUUACAUCGUCGAUCGUAUUAUCGGUAACAGUGUUUCGACUGGUCAGCUGAAACUGUACGAUUAUAACACAACAGGGAGAUUGGAGGAGCAGUUUGCUCUCCAGCUGGAGGAACAGGAGGCGAUUUACGGACCGAGCGCGAUACCGUUGUGUUUGCCCACGGAUCUUCCAGACUUGACCCAUCAUACGGCCGGUUCGACGCGCAGUUCCCUUUCUUCGGUGAGCGAGGGUUAACGUGUAGAAUUCACCGUCAACGUUACCGUACAUACAAUCCGGAUCUUCCAAUAUUUCGUUUCUCGUUACGAGUCACGGAAGCAACAGAGAGACACGCACGCGUGGCACACGUGAAACGUAACGGGGAGGUGUGUUGUUUGUGCUCCUUUUUGGCGAUCAGUCUCGUUAACGGAAUAAACGUGCUUCGAUCGUCCGUAGCAGAGAAAAGACGAGAAACAAAACGGAAAAUUGUAUACUAUAUAGAAACAAGAUAAAGGUACUUCUGCAAUGGCGCAGAUCGUUGUCGUAUCGAAAACGAUUUUGUUUUUUUUCUUCUCAGUGAUACGCGUCACCGGAAGAGCUAAACGACAGAACGCUCACCUUCGUAAAUGUAGAAUGUUCGAAGGCGUGGGUUUUUUUGCCAGAGCAUGGCCGAAAUAAUUUUUAACGCGGUACAUAUACAUGGGUCUUCCCCUUAAAACA